UAGAGGUUGUAUAAACUAUUAUUAAAAUUGACUAACAGAUAGUCUGUUCUCUAUUCAUUUAAUAUUAUUUCUAAAUACAUCAAUUAUGUUAGAAGACAGCUCAGGAGAAAGCGAGAAUGAACCUGAGGGACAAGAUAGAUCAGGAGAAAGAGAGGACGAACCUGAGGGACAAGACAGAUCAGGAGAAAGAGAGGACGAACCUGAGGGACAAGACAGAUCAGGAGAAAGAGAGGAUGAACCUGAGGGACAAGACAGAUCAGGAGAAAGAGAGAACGAACCUGAGGGAGAAGACAGCUCAGGAGAAAGAGAGGACGAACCUGAGGGAGAAGACAGCUCAGGAGGAAGAGAGAAUGAACCUGAGGGAGAAGACAGCUCAGGAGAAAGAGAGGACGAACCUGAGGGAGAAGACAGCUCAGGAGGAAGCAAACAAAAUGAAGGAAUUCAGGAAGAAAGCAGCUCGGGACUUAACCAAGUUCAAGGGGGAUUCCUGGUGGAAAGUGUUUUAAAAGUUUCAGACUCUCAUCAAGCAAAAAGAUACCUGGUCACAUCAGAUGAACUACAGAGGAGGUGCUCUCCUCCAGAGAGUUACUCAGCAAACACUGUUGUGGCUUAUCUACGGAAGGCCAAGGGACAAAAAAAGAAAAUCACAGAGAAGUUGGCAGAGUUGGAGGUGAACCCCUCAAAGCGCACAAAGUUAACUUCACAGUGCUCCAAACUUUGUGAAGAUGAAUGCAAGGAUCUGGCUGGGGACAUAAUGUUCCUUGCCGCAAAAUUCAUCCCCCAGAAAAGGUGGGUGAAGCCUUGCUUGAAGAAGGGAAUGUCCAUGCAGCUAUGGUCAAAACCGAAGACUGCAGGAAGACUUUGAAAGAUUUAAAGGCUGCUCUAGAGAACAAUUGGGACACAUUUGACCUGGCAACACAUGGUCUUGGUCCUGCCGUAAUAAAUGGCACUUUUUCGUUGAUAGAUGCGUGUCUUAAGGAAAAGAUGAGAGCACUGAAAAAAAAAGACUCCACAGAUGAGUAAGGUUCCCCCACUUUUGUUUACUUGUAUUGUUUCAAACUCUUGUUUCUUGAUGUUCAGCUGUACAAAAAAAAAAAAAAAUAAUAAUAAUAAAACAUUACAAAGAA